ACAGACCCUACAGCGAAGUUGCCAAAAACCCGCUGGUUAGGGCCAUUGUUGACAAGAGUGUUAACGACGGAGCUAUCUCCCAGGAUAAAUGGUUGAUAAUCCGUCAAAAAAUGCUGGAGGUGUAUUGGAAAAUUCUCAAAGAGAAUCCCGGUCCAUCUCCGCAGAAUGAUGAUGCUGGCUGGUACCAAGGUCACAUCAAACUGCUGGCGUGUACGAACGAGCGCUCAGCAAACUUGCUUAAGUUGGCGGUUACGUCUAUAGGGGAAGUGUGGCCCGGCGCGAAACUUGACGUGAUCCCGGUUAGUGAGAUACCUCGCAGACCGAGAUCAAUCACGGUUAUUCCGGCGGAACCACACGAACCAGAGGCGAUUCUGGCGUACCUUCAGAGUGGAAACCCUGACCUACCUACCCACAAUUGGAAGGUAGUCAAGGUCUCCGAACCUGAAGGUGCUUACAGAAAGGUGGUCGUGGUCCUUAAUAAGGAAUCGUUGCCGUUACUCCGAGAGAAGCAAGGCAAAGUAUACUACGGAUUUGAUAGUAUCAAGCUGCGCGUCUACCGGGGUGACGACAAACUAGACCCCAAACCGGUAAGCACGGACGGAGGAAAGGUAGACGAUACCACUAACUCUGACGACCAAAUGGACGCCCAAUCAAGUACAGACUUGAUUGGGAAUCUAUUUGAUAGCCAGGGCGAAGUGAUUGACGAAGACGAGCUUCUGAAAACAGACCCAGAAGACGCCGACGUCACAAUCGUCUACGACCCUGACCAAGAUGAAGGUGAUCCAAGUGAACCUUCACCACUCUAAAGCAGCUUCAGCUGCAUUACACCUCCACCUUGGAUAUCAAGGGGAGGAUAUAGCGUUGAUCCAAGAGCCGUGGACCCAUAACGGCAACAUACUUGGAAUCAACGUAAAAGGCUAUAAAAUACUAUACGCAAAAGGCACAGUGAUGAAGAUACAGUAACCGCAGCAUGGGAGACAGAGGAAUCCACAAUGUGGAUCCUCUCCUGCUAUAUGGCGCACGACCAGACAGACCCCCCGCCAAGUAACACGGUCGUCAGGGCAGUAAGUGCAGCAAACGGAAAACGCAUCCCUGUUAUUAUAGGCGCAGAUGCAAACGCACACCAUACACUAUGGGGUAGCACCAACAUCAACACACGAGGUGAGUUCGUAUUAGACUUCAUUUUAAACCAUAAUCUUGAAGUAGUAAAUAGAGGUUCAGAACCUACAUUUGUAGUUGCAAAUAGACAAGAGGUACUGGACAUAACGCUUGUAAAUACAAGUCAUUCGCACAUAAUCCGAAACUGGAAAGUAUCGGAGGAUUGUUCCUUUUCAGAUCAUAGAUAUCUCGUAUUCUCGAUAGAAAAAACACAGGAAAGGAAAACCCCCUUUCUAAACAGAAGAAAGACAAGAUGGGAAGAACAAAAUCGAAUCCUGACAAGUCUUCUUCAAAAUACGCCGGAAAUAAACAAUACAGCAGAUAUUGAUAGAGCUGUAGACAACCUUACACGCUCUCUUAAUCAAGCAACAAGAAGAACAUGCAAACCUUCGAUACCAAAGGGUAAAAGUAAACCUCCUUGGUGGUCCUCGGAAAUAGCGAAGACUAGGAAUAGAUGUCGCAAACUUUUCAAUGAGGCCAAGAGAUCAGGUGAAUGGUCCACAUAUAAAGCCUCAUUGAAUAAAUUUAAGAAUCAGGUUAGGAAUGCUAAACGCUGCUCGUGGAGAAGCUUCUGUGGUAGCAUCGAAAGCUCUUCAGAGACAAGUCGUUUAUGCAAAAUCCUGUCUAAAUCACAAACCGUUCAAGGCUACAUCCAAAAACAAGACGGUGAGUGGACAACGAGUGGACAAGAAUCCCUACAGGAAUUAAUGGACACUCAUUUCCCAGGUAACUUACCAUUAGAUACUACAAUGGAAAGACCACAAACGUACUGUCAAACCCCUAUCGGAAUCACUAUAGACGAGGGAAUGAUAAAAUGGGCAAUAAACAGUUUUAACCCAUAUAAGUCACCGGGCCCGGACGGCAUAAUUCCAGCUGACCUGCAAUAUAAUGCAGAAUUAGUUAUACCAUGGCUACUUGAAAUAUUUCAAGCCUGUCUUACAUGGUCAUAUGUACCAGAACAAUGGACCAAAUGCAGUGUGACGUUUAUCCCCAAAGGAGGAAAAACAACGCACAUUAAGGCAAAAGAUUAUAGGCCCAUAAGUCUAUCAUCGUUUCUGCUUAAGACCCUAGAGAGGAUCAUUGACGUCCACAUAAGAUCGUCAAUAGAUCCUAUGCUCCUAUCUCCCUCACAACAUGCCUACACCAAAGGCAAAUCAGUUGAGACGGCCCUACACUCACUAGUGGGACAUAUAGAAAAGUCCUUGGAAUUUGGUGAAUACACGUUAGUGGCCUUUCUGGACAUAGAAGGAGCCUUUAACAACGUCAAACCCGACAUCAUCAUAUCAGCUCUAGAAGAGCUCGGUAUUGAGAUCUUCAAUACAGGAUUAUCCGUUCUAACAUGGGAAUGGCAUGUAUUCAAAGAAUGGCAAUCAGGGGCACACCUCAAGGUGGAGUCCUAUCACCACUUUUAUGGAAUGUGGCCAUAAACAGCCUACUAAUGAAACUGGACAACCAAAGAUACAAGACUGUCGCUUACGCAGAUGACGUUGCGGUAGCAGUAUCAGGUUUCCAUCUGAAUACGAUAUCUCAAAGACUCGAAUCAGCACUCAAUCUACUAAGUAAAUGGAGCGUUAAUAGUGGUUUGAGUGUAAACCCUAGUAAAACCGAACUUGUACUCUACACCAGGAAAUACAAGAUCGGAAAUUUUACCCUACCUCGACUAAACGGAGUCGUACUCUCACUUUCAAACAGUGCGAAAUACCUAGGGGUGAUACUUGAUAGUAAACUAUCAUGGAAGGAAAAUAUCACAGCCAGAGUAAACAAAGCCUUAAUGGCAAUGUACAUUUGCAAGAAGGCCAUAGGAAAAAGAUGGGGACUAAAUCCCAAACUGGUAAAUUGGAUCCAUGAAGCGGUUAUUAAACCUAUUCUCUUUUACGGGGCUGUUGUCUGGUGGAAAGCACUGGACAAAAACUCCAAUUGUAUACUUCUUGAUAAGGUACGAAGAAGGAUAGCAAUCCUUAUAACAGGAGCACUGAGAACAACUUCAACCAAAUCUCUAUUCGCUAUGCUUAAUUGGAUCCCAACGGAUCUGAUAGCCAGAAAACUGGCACUCAUCACUGCCCUCAGACUUGAUGCCAUAAAUGCUUGGACACACAGGCCAUACGGCCAUGCGGCUAUUAUGAGGGAAACAUCUUUCCUCCCGGGCAAUAUUGAUUAUUGCAUACCCAAACCUUUCCUCCGUAGGGACUUCGGAUACACAAUAUCCGAAAACUCUUCACCGGAGGAUAACAGUUCCCCAAGAACCCUCCUGGUAUAUACGGAUGGUUCUAAAAAAGGGGAACGAGUUGGAGGUGGCAUUUUUAUCCCUGAAUUUGGAACUAAAAUAAGCUUUAGGAUACAGAAUAAUUGUAGUCCACUACAGGCUGAACUAUCAGCCAUAAAAAGAGCAGCAAAUUGGCUUUGGUACCACAGAAUAUCAUACAGAGAUAUUCAAAUUUGUACCGACAGCCAAGCUGCUAUCAAAUCCCUGAUUGGUGUAUAUACUACAUCUAAACUAGUCCAGGAAUGCCGGGCAUCCUUAAACAGGAUGGCGAGACAUUCAAUAAUCGUGCUCAAAUGGGUACGGGGACACGGGGAUUUGACUGGCAACUAUAUCGCUGAUGAAUUAUCGAAACUAGGAGCCUCAAUGUCCGACAGAGACAUAGACAUCUUUUGCGGAAUACCGCUAAAAGCUUGCAAGACCAUAAUAGAUGGAAAGUUCUAUGAAAUUUCUCAGACAAGAUGGCGUAAUGAACCAACUUGUAUCAAUACAAGGAAGAUAUGGCCAAACUUGGACAGUAAACGCACGUCAUAUCUUCUACAACUAAACCGCCCUCAUAUCAGCAACCUUGUUGCUGUCAUUACGGGGCAUAUCUCAUUGGGAAACCAUGCAAGAAGACUUGGAAUUCCCCACAACGACUUCUGUAGAAGUUGUCAAGACGAAGAGGAGGAAGAAUCCAUCGAACAUCUUCUCUGUCAAUGCCCGGCGCUAGAGGACACUCGAUCCGUAUAUUUAGGAAAACGACUAUUUGAUGACUUGUCAGAACUAUCCAAUCUAGGACUGGAUAACAUUAAUGCCUUCAUCAGGCACAGUAACUGGUUUUAGGACCACCAAGCCAUAAUUAAGGCACUCACUAGUCCGCAAGGACAGACCUCUCAAUCUUCUCCUCCACUUCAAUUUCUAUUCUAUGACUUAAUCCUAAACUAUCUUCUACUAUCCUCUACCCUCUUUCUUUUAUAUUUUAUUAUCUUUACAGGUAUCACAAAGGGACCAACAGGACCCAAGUGUGCGUCUUUGCAGCCUGAAUACCUAACCUAACCUAAGUCUAAUGAGUAGUUUAGAUCUAUGAUUAUGGGAAAAUGGUUGCUGCCAGUGAUCUUAGUAGGGAUUGCCCUCCAAACAAUCUUGUCAUCUAUUCUGUUGCAGAAGGUAACGUCCAGUGUUGAAGAAUUAUAAUUGGUGGUAGAAUACGUAAAAGAUCCGUCAUUUAUACAAGUAAAGUUUGAGAGGUUCGUUAAGUCUUCUAAGACUCUGCCUUUCCCGUCCUCCGAGUUUACAUCCCAGAGGUUGGAUUUUGUGUUGAAGUCACCACAUAUUAGAGUCAGAUUUUUCUGAGCACGCCCGAACAAAAAGAUCUGUCUCAUUUCUGAGGCAAAAUCUUCGAUACUCAAGUUUGGUUGAAUUUCAAAUUUGUAGUAGAAAUAGAGAGAGAAUCAAGCUGUGUUGACGACGAACCUUGUUACAAAUUUGUGUUAAUAAUUUAUUGUGAUUGAUUUACUAAAAAAGUAGAAGCAUCAAGAAACAAAUCCGCCUUCCGUAAUCUUUUGAGCUUUUAAAUUUUUUUAUUAUCUUUAAUUUGCAAAAAUAAAAUAAGUGUACUGAAAAUGUCACAAUCAAUGUCCAUGAAACAAAUUGGAGCACGGCAUAUGAGCUGUGUUAUAGAAAUUAUGGAAUGGAGUAACAAAAUGGACCUAGUAGCUUACGGAACUGAAAAAGGCGAAAUAGUAAUUCAACGAUUAAAUUGGCAGAAAAUUGUAACAUUUCCAUCGCCUGGAGAAGGUGUCAAGGUGAGAAGCUUAAGUUGGCAAUAUGAUGAGACUAUAAUAGCCGUAGGUUACAGCAAUGGACAGGUGUCUCUAUUGGAUGUGGAGCGCGAGGAGUCAGUUUCAAACUUAGUCUACGAUGAUGAUAUAAAAAAGGUGUACUUUAGUAAAGCCAUAAAUGCUCAUGACUAUAGACAGUUGUAUCGGAAUAAAACAGAGUUGACCUAUGAUUUCUUUUUGCCGCCGCUGCCGCAUUUGAGUAGCUUAGGCGUUUCAUCUAAAACGGAGGAGCAUAAGACGUUCGCUAAGGGAUCCCCUUGUUUUCUGGUAGUUAUAUUAAAAUGUGGUAAAGUUCAUUUGCUAUUGUUGGGUGCAUUAAAGUCGGGAGCCAUUGACAUGUCGCAACAUGUUUCCCAUCCUGAUGAAUUAGUAGUCCAUGAUGUCCGCCUAAGCGGGGAUUUUAAUGCCAUGUAUGCUUUACUACGGGAUGGAAAUCAAUUAAAAAUUUUACAUUUUCAUAAUACCGUAUUGAAGGAAUAUAUUUCACCAAUGAUACAUUUAGCGCAGCAUUGUGCCAAUAUUUUAGAAACAAAAAAUUACAUAGAUAAAACCAUUCAAUGUAUUUUGGAAGCUUGGGAAACAGUUUUGCUGGAAAUGGAUAAUAAGCUAACAAGUUAUGCAAAUAAGCAAACAGAAGGAUCAUUAUCUGCAGAUUUUAUGGAACUAUUAGUUUUUGGUUAUGCCACACAUGAAAUAGAGGAAUUUUUAAUGCAAGAUCUUACGGAGAAAGGCGUGAAAAAGCUUCAAAAUUCUGUUGAUUUAAGCUACUCCACCAUACAGAGUUUGGUUUCAAAACCUCUACAAAUGGCAUCAAUUAACAUGUUUUAUUUUCUUAACACCAUCAAGGGUCUGGCCAGAAUCAGUUACUAUUACGAGCCUCUUAUUGUUUGCGAAUCUACAGAGGCUGCAUUGCGUGAAUGUGGUGCGUUUUUAAUGAAAGUUCUAGAAUUGCAACAAGUAAUUGAUCAGUCUGUUAAUGAUAUGAAGUUGUUUUUCUGUUGGCUUUGCGUUGUCAUAGUUCGACUACACCAACAGGACGUCACUGAGGAUAUGGCACAAUUAUCCAUGGAAGACACCAUAUAUUUGGCCGAAUAUUUAAACAGUUUCGAGGACAGUGUAAUAGAGAACGAUGACGGUACUGUUAUUAAGAGAAAAUUUAAUUUGGAAAAAGUUGGUCAGUAUUUGGAAGAUAAACCUCUACAACAAGUUGUAAAAACAGAUAUGCAUCAUCUGUGGCAUAAACUUUUGGAGGAAAACGAAUGUCUACGAAAUUCAACACUACUUUAUCCACAUGAAAAACGUUUGUCCCUGACACAGCAACGCGAUAAAAUGUUUGCGGCUAUUGAUAGUGUGUUUCAAAAACCCAAUGAAAGCAUAAGUCACGGUUUUGAACUCGAUGCCAGUUUCGUAUGUUGUUCAUUUAAUGAGAAUUCAGAAUGUAAUUUCGACUUUAUUAGAACAUCGUAUUUUGUGAGUGAAUCUAAAAAACGCGAUCUUAUGCUUGUAACUAUUGGAUGGCAAGAUUGUUUAGUUUUGGAAUUUGAUGACAAAUUUACGCAGUUGAAAUGCUUUCGACUGCAAACCAUCCCCGGUCCAUUCACCAAAGACUUAACUAAUGGUCUUGAGAAUUUAAAAUUUGUUGACUUGCAUUUUUAUAACAACGAUGUUCUAUCAUUGCUAUUGUUUAAAGAAAGUGAAACAAUGAAACAUCAAAGUUAUUUUAUUCAAUUCCCUCUGGAUCAAAUAGCUGGUAAAUGUUCAUUACACACUCUGCCACAAAAUAUAAAUUUAAAUGAAUUAGCAGUUGGUCACAGUAUUUUUGAUAUAAUAGACAUUACUAGUUUUAAGGCUAUCGAAAGUGUCUGCACAAAUUUGGCGGUAUCCGGAUGUAGAAAGGUGGCUUCUAUACUUUCUGAAAAGCGCAAGAAAAUGAUUAUUUUUGAAAUGGAAAUAGAAGAUGAUGAAGACGAAACAGAAAUAUCCCAAAAUUCAAUGCUGGACAUAAGUAAGGAAUCUGCAGUUUCAUAAUAAAUAUUAUAAUCUAAUUAAUUUUAAUAAUUAAAAAAGAAAUUAAAUGGCAAUUAAAUUGAGUUAAAAAUAAAAUAAAAAUCAUUGAUUGAUUCUAUUGUAGGUUACCCAAAAUUGUUUAUUGUCCACUCUGUGUAUUCGAUUUUUUACAAAUAUCAAAAAUGCUAUCAAGACCUUGUAAAUUGUACAAAUACCACUUUUAAAAUAAGCAAAAUUAAUAUUUUGUGUAACAAAUUGUAUUUUUUUAAUUAUUUUAUAGGGAGUAUUAUUCGUUAUAAAAAUGUUAAAACAAUUUCAGAAAUUAUUUUUGGUAAAUUGACUUAAAAAAUGGGAUUUUAUUAUCUAGACAGUAUUAGCAAAAGGUAGUGCUGUGGAAUUUUACCGCCCAAAAAUUGUUAUAACUACCAAGUAUUUCUAUAAAUUUAUAAAAUAAAAUUCUGCCAAGUUGUAAUUAUAUUUUGAUGUAAAUUUGUAAAUGUGGAGGUAAAUGAGGACUGGUUAAAUUUCAAAUAUGUACGUAAAAUGUUGUUAGUAUUUUAAGUACAAAGAGUUUAGUUAUUAAAAAUUGCAUUACUAAUUUGAAAGCAAAUCUGAAUAAAGACUAAAUCACAAGAUUUCUGAAAUCCAUGAAACUAAAAAUAUUGAAAAGGGCUUAAUAUUA